GUAGCAGCCUUUGUGGUUUGCUUUGCGCCGUAACUGGAAUUAUAAAAAAACUGGCGCUACGAAAGUAGAGUACGUCCAUUGUUUUCCAGGUUUGCGUGUUAGAACGGUUGAGGGGUUUUCAGCCAUUCAUUAUCUUUUCAAUGUCGGUACACAAGAUUCUAUAUUUUCAUUUGGGAACCUUAAAGGGUCGUUGAUAUCUGCGGAGCUAUGCAACCACGCUAUGCCAAAGGCAUUGUUUUUGAUAUGCAUUUGCAUGGGAUUGAUUUGUAAACUCGCCACAGCUUCUUUCGAAGCGUUGAACGUCAGCUCUCUGAGUUCUCGAAUCUUGUCCCAAACGGAAGACAGAAGAAGCAUUUUCCAGCUGGGUCACAUGAUCCGAUGCCAGACCGGGUGCGAUCCCCUGCGUUACAAGAGGUACGGGUGCUUCUGCGGAUUCAAAGGAGCCGGGAAGCCAGUUGACAACAUUGACAACUGCUGCCUGGAUCACGAUUGGUGCUACGCUCGCCUAGGCUGCCCGCCUUUCAUGCUCUACGUCCUCCGAUACACUUGGCUGUGCAGGAAACCGGGCAGUGCCCAGUGCACUGGUGGUAACUAUCCCAACCAUGUCGCAAAUAACUGCGCCUUCCAGCUCUGCGAGUGCGACCGUCUUUUCGCCAAGUGCGUCAGUCGUUUUGCGUGCCCCCAGAAGAAAGCAAUCUGCUGGUCCAACCCCCUGAUUGCUGUGACGAACAUUUUGUCAUCUCUUUCAUAAAAGCAUCAUCAUUGCGAAUGCAUGACAAAUUCCGAACAAAGCAGCUGCAAUGAUUGUUUCCGACGAACUGCAUUUCAUUGUUUUAUUAUUCUCGGAAUGAAUGCUGAUAUCAAAAAGGCAUUAAACAUUACCUCAGACAUCACGAAUAGGCGAAAAGAUCUUGUCGUUAACUUCAGGGCAACUUUUGAAUAAAUAUUUGUCAUCAAGAGCAAACAAAGAGCUAUGAUUGACCUUUAAGAAUAAAUGGAUGUACCCAAAACCCCAGAAUAUUAUGAAGCUGUGGUAACAUCUGAAAAAUAACUGUGAUUUGCAAGAAAAGACUGUAAAGGAAACUUCGGUAAAGUCACAAAAACUCAGGUUAGAAAGAAUAUAAAGUUUAAAAAGAAAUCUCAUGUAAUUGUAUUUGGCAAAUUCAAUGCUAAAUAAGCGUUGCAAAAUUUCGCUCUUUAAUAAAAUAAUAAAACGAUAAUUUAUAGAUCAAAA